AUGCAAGAAUACAAUACAAAUUCUUUUGAUUCAGAUUCAAACAACAAUAACUUUCCAUUUUCAUUACCAAAUUUCAGCUUGACAGGAGUAAACUCGAACACCUUUGAUUCAACCUUCCCAAAUCUUUCAUCAUCUUCAUCAUCACCAUCAUCAUCAUCCCCUGUUUUUCAUGAACAUUUAGGUUCUUCAGUUUACCUCAAACAGAGGGAUCGAUUCUUCAAAUUCUCUGAAGAUUUGGAUCAAGCAACCCAAACUACAACAAACCCAGAUGGAUUUCAUCAGCAUUUUAGCAAAUCACAGAAAAAUAACAAGUCCUACAGAGGCGUGAGACAGAGGCAUUCGGGAAAAUGGGUGGCAGAAAUCCGAUUGCCGCAUAACAGAAUGAGGGUGUGGUUAGGGACUUAUGAGACGCCGGAGAUAGCGGCGUAUGCUUAUGAUCAAGCUGCUUAUAAACUUCGUGGCGAACAUGCUCGUUUGAAUUUUAAAGAUCCGAGUAUGGUGAGGUUUAUCGGAGAUUUGCAGAGGCUGAAUGCUUUGAAGAUUGCUGUUGAAAACAAGAUUUGUCAGAAGGUGAAAACAGAGAAAAGUAAGCAGCUGGAGGUGAGAGAGAGUGGCCCUGCGGUGGGUUCUGGUGGCGAUGAUGAGAAUUUUGAUGGUGGUCAUAUGGUGUUGUCGGAAGAUGAACUUUCAGGUGAGUUACAGACGUUUUCCGACAUGGAUGAGAUGGUGGAUGAUUGUUCAUUGGCCAUGAUGCCUUCUUAUGAUCUGGAUUUGAUAUGGGAAAUACUUGCUACCUAA